AUGUUGGAGUCGGCAACGCCAGUGGCAGGCAUCAUCCAGACGCAUAGGCUGAGUGAAGACAUUGCCAAACACAACGGCGCGGUCAAAUCACUCCACGCACAGACGAACGAACCGGUUAAGUGGCUACAUAUGUCCGCUGAAGACGCCAAAGCUGCUCUCACGCCAGAACGUCUUUCAGCACCAGAUGACAGGGCCGGCCAAGUCCAUAGAAGCGGCAUCAGCCCCGGGUUUUGCGUAUACGUCAAAGCGGCGCGCUCAUCUGUAUGGGAGGCUUCGCGCACGCAUCGUCAGGGAGAAGGCGUGAGAGGAGUGCAGCUGCUGGGAGAAGGCAUGAGAGGAGUGCAGCUGCUGGGAGAAGGCAUGAGAGGAGUGCAGCUGCUGGGUGCGCCGCGCGGCAGAGAGCGGCGGAGAGCGGCACAGCGCGGCGAGGAGAGGGAGGGAGGGAGGCGGCGCGGGGGGUGA